CAAUGACUUUGCUUUGGAAAGGAAAGCAACUAAACGGGAAGAGAAAAGGCACUGGUUCUCUUAGAUUGCAGUCAUGUUCUCGUCGUUGAUUAAGAAGGGUCGCAUUGGUGUUCUCUCCACGAAGAAAAGAGACGACUCGCUGUCUAUUGAGCAUCCACCGCUAUCGCUACUUGGGUUGCCCAUGGAGCUGUUACAGAAAGUGUUGCAGAAUCUGGAGCUCAGGGACUGGUUGACGCUGGCAUUGGUCUGUAGGUACUUGCAAGAGGUUGUUGAUAAGUACUUCUUGUACAACAACGUGAGGCUGCUGAACGAAUCCUCGCUGAGGCUGUUCAAAAAGGCGAUAUCGAGAGAUAAGAAGAGGAACCUGCUGUCCCUAUACGUACAUGGCAUUGAGUUCCACAAGCCCGUGAAGAGUACACAGGAACAAACGUCGAUAGCUGGGUUCGGCUUCUCCUCAAGACCUGACAACGAUAGCUAUAUUGCCUUGAUGGUUGAGGUUAUAUCGUUAUUACCGAAUCUAUCGUGUAUCUCAGUGCUGCAGAUCUCUCCGGGGUUUUGCUUCCCAGAGUGGACCUCAACGCUGAAGACUUACGCCUUUGAGCAUAACUAUUAUCCAUCCAUCCGGAAGCUGACCUUGUCAUCACAGCAAGGUUGGAGCAUUGCAUUGCGUUCGAACCUCCUAUGGCCUUUUGGGCUCAUCGAGGAGCUUUGCCUGGUCGAAAUGAUCAUCGACUCGAGCUCUUUGAAAAAGCCACCUCUUUUAACCGUUUCUAACGAAGAGGGCCCAUUGAUUAGUCCGCUGAUUACAAAGAACGCAUUGAAGAUGGAAUCCACAGUAACUUGGUCUCCAAUUAAGAUCUUAUCGUUGACAUCGUGUUCAAUAGCGAAUAAUGGCUCAAGAUUCCUGGCUGGUUACUUCAGAGACGUUCAUACUUUGAAGCUGGUCUCGAUGAAAUCACACUACGAUGUGCUACUAAGCAAUUGCUUUCCCAAUUUAAGGACCUUGUACAUCGAUCUGAACUCAAAGGCAUUCAGCCUCUAUAACGCUUCCGAGGCAAGUGUUAUAAACACUUCAAAUGCCAAUUCCAACUUUGCAUAUUUCAACUCACAGUUUGUUCCCAAGUUUUACCUCAAUUAUAAUCACUUUGAGGAAAUAAUGGAUAAGAUCCCUGUGGUUGACACGAUAGUGUUGACAAACGUUUCAUUCUCCAACGUUAAACCAGUGGAUCCAGAAGAUAUAACAAAUGAAGACCAUAACAUUGUGAAUAACAACGGUUACGUGUUCCUAAAAUCGUUGCAGAGGUUCGGCAUGGUACAGUUCAUCUUGUUGAAGAACUACAAACUGCACAAGACAAGAACAAGAGAUGAAUGGUCUGAGUUGUUGAAACCAUGCUUCUCAUCAACAAACUGUGUAAGGGUGAAGGACAAAGAUGGAUCUGUGUUAUACUCGAGAAACGAAAAGUGUUAUAACUGAGCUGUUCUGCGUUGUUUAUUUAUUCACGAGCUUAUAAAUGAGAAAAUUCCUUUAAUGAAAGCGAACCCAAUUAUUAUGACAAAGAUGUGCUUUAUCCAU